CGAGGGGUGUCAUGAGCGCGGAAUGAAGCUUCUCAUGGACCUGGUGGUCAACCACACAAGUGAUCAGAAUGAGUGGUUCAAGCAGUCGCGCAGCUCGAAGGAUAACGAGUACCGGAACUGGUAUGUCUGGAAGCCGGCCAAGUAUGACGAGCAGGGCAACCGGCAGCCGCCCAACAACUGGGUGUCGCAUUUUCAGGGAAGCGCGUGGGAAUGGGACGAGCACACGCAGGAAUACUACCUGCACCUGUAUGCCACGGAACAGCCCGACCUUAACUGGGAGCACCCGCCCGUGCGCAAGGCAGUCCAUGAGAUCAUGCGUUUCUGGCUCGACAAGGGCGCCGAUGGAUUCCGCAUGGACGUGAUUAACUUCGUCAGCAAAGAUCAGCGAUUCCCAGAUGCGCCUGUCAAGGACCCCCGGACGCCGUGGCAGUGGGGAGACAAAUACUACGCCAACGGACCGCGACUGCACGAAUACUUCCAGGACCUCGGCAAGAUCCUGAAAGAGUACGACGCCUUCAGUGUGGGGGAGAUGCCCUUCGUCAAAGACACCGAAGAGGUCCUCCGCGCCGUGCAGUUCGACCGGAACGAGCUCAACAUGAUCUUCAACUUCGAGCACGUGGACAUCGACCACGGCACAUACGACAAGUUCGAGCCGGGGAGCUGGAAGCUCACCGACCUGAAGGCCUUCUUUGAGCGAUGGCAGACAUUCAUGUAUGACAACGAUGGCUGGAACGCCCUCUACUUCGAGAACCACGACCAGCCCCGAUCCAUCGAUCGCUACGCACAAGCCAGCGAGAAGUACCGCACAGAGGCUGGAAAGAUGCUAGCGACCAUCUUGGCCUUGAAGUCCGGCACGCCUUUCGUCUACCAAGGCCAGGAGAUUGGAACGAGGAACGUUCCGAUCGAGUGGGACAUGGACGAGUACAAGGACCUCGACUGCCUCAACCAUUGGCACCGACUCCUCAAACACCGACCCGACGACAAGGAAGCCCACCAGUCCGCCCGCCGAGAAUACCAGAAGAAGUCCCGAGACAACGGCCGCACGCCCGUGCAGUGGUCUAGCGCGCCCAACGCCGGCUUCACCGGCCCCAACGCGAAGCCCUGGAUGUCUGUCAACCCGGACUACGUGCGAUUCAACGCCGAAGCACAAGUGAAGGACCCAAAGUCGAUCUACAACUACUGGGCCUCCGUCCUCGGCCUCCGUAAGAAGUAUCUCGACAUCUUCGUCUACGGAAACUACGAGCUUGUGGACCGUGAUAGCCAGGAGAUCUUCGCGUAUACGCGCCAGUACGAGGACCAGAAGGCGCUGGUGUUGGCGAACUGGACCGAGAAGACCCUGGAGUGGGAUUCUGCCAGCAAUGGCGUGAAGCGGGCGAAGGAGGUGUUGCUCAACACGUAUGACAGUGCCGAGAGCGUCAAAGAGAGGUUCUCGGGGAGCAAGUGGGAGUUACGACCUUUUGAGGCGGUUGUCGCGAUUGUCUAGGUGGUGCACACCCCCUCAUAAUACGCCUGGAUAUGUUUGAAAGUUAU